CUGAUGUGUUGGUAUCAACAGGUUUAGCCAAGCUUGGGUAUGAAUAUGUUAACCUAGAUGAUUGUUGGGGUGAAUCUGAUCGUGACUCAGAGGGUAAUUUGGUCGCAAAAAAAUCAACUUUCCCAUCAGGGAUCAAGGCUCUUGCUGAUUAUGUUCACAUCAAAGGUCUUAAGCUAGGAAUUUACGCGGAUUCAGGGCGGCGGACAUGUACUGGAACAAUGCCAGGUUAUCUUAAUCAUGAAGAACAAGACGCUAAAACUUUUGCUUCAUGGGGGAUUGAUUAUUUGAAGUAUGAUAACUGUUUCAAUGACGAUAUAAAGCCAACAAUAAGAUACCGUAUAAUGAGCAGAGCUCUUAAUCAGACAGGACGUCCUAUAUUCUUUUCUAUAUGCGAAUGGGGAGAUAUGCACCCGGCUUUAUGGGCUGGUGACUGGGGAAACAGUUGGAGAACUGCUAAUGACAUCAGCAAUCCUUGGAUAAGCAUGCUUUAUACAGCGGACAUGAAUGAAGUGUAUGCUGAUUAUGCCAAGCCAGGAGGUUGGAAUGGUUAUGAUUUCUCGAAGAUCCGGAUAUGCUCGAAGUAGGAAAUGGAGGAAUGAAGUUUGGUGAGUAUGUGGUGCAUUUCAGCAUUUGGGCGAUUUCUAAGGCACCCCUUCUCCUUGGAUGUGAUAUAUGAAACACCACAACUGAGACCAUGGUGAUCAUUGACAAUAAAGAGGUCAUUGAUGUUAAUCAAAAUUAAUUAAUCCAGGAGAAAAUUUGAUGAGAUUCAAUUUCAACAUCGAAGAGCUCAUGGUUCAAAGAGAAUGGAAAGCUCAAGAGUCAUCCUGUGUGCAGUCUGUCUACAAUUAAAUAUCGCUUGGCUAUAAAAAGUCAACAAGGACCGAGUUGUGGUGAAGGCAAGACUAGAAAUUGAUGGUGCAACCUGGAAUGUGACAUGUGUUAGCAUGGGAAAUCCUCAUUGUCUUACUUUCUCAACAAGUGAAUGCAAGCAGCGAUAUUCGAACUUCGAAGGUCGGAAGAGAAACUAAAUAUUAUUGAUCAAAGAUUAAUUGAAAUGCAACUAAUGUGGAAGAGGGGUGAUGGUACUUGACUGGAUUAUGUGGUUUUUUGUACACAUAAUUGAAAGUAUAAUCCUUGUACAUAGUCUUUUAGUUAACGUUGUUUUUUUCUUUUCACACUAUCAUCGCUGUGUUAUUAAUUUGAUAUUCUUUGUGCCGGUUAAUAAGUGUGGUUCAUUGGCAAAAAUGCAUUUUCCUGCAUGUAAAUAUAUGAACAGCUGCCACAACUAGGCGAAAAAAGUAGUAAAAAGUGUGUCCGAUGGCAAACACUAUUUGCAUCCUCUUAGUGCAGUGACUAAUAACUUCUUUAAAUUCUACAGUGAUUAAUAACUUCUUCUGAUUUGAUUCAUUGUAAGCCAUGAAAGAUAAUCGGAGGGAGGAAUUAUCAACUUCAAAGUUAAUUUGGCAGCAAUCUCAGCAUGGGGAUAGUGUUCAUUGAGUUGCUUGCUGGGAACUCCAAAUGAAUAUCAAUGUCCAGGGGUAAGAUAGCUAAUGGAUUGAGAUGAAUAUCCACAAUGGUCUCCCCAGAAGUUGUUGAUAUGAACAACAAGACGCACAGAAAACCAGGGUGGUGGAAUGAAAAAUUUAUCAACGCAGACAUAGACAGCAGUGGUUGUCUCAAUUUUACAGAAUUUAACGAUUUCCUUCAUGUACCCCGAAGAAGGUGACAGUGAAAAUAUUCAAAUGUGGGAUAAUGGUGUCGAGAACCUUAAUUGGCUGCUGCUUACUUGAGUUUAUCCCACUUGUUUCUUUUUGCUGGAAAAGGUUCAUGUCUCUUGGCAUUUAUGUUACCAUCCUUCUAUACGUGUACAUAUUGGUGCACCUAUAAUAUUGUGCAUAUUGGUGCACCUGUAACAAGAUGAGUGCAUGUGAAUUUCACUACCAUUCUCAUCCUAGAAACAAUCCUAUUUUAUUUUUCUUUGACCAAACCCAAAAUAAACAUGCUUAUCAUUUUUAGUAAACUCUAAAUAGAAACUAUGCCUAUCUUUAUGAUUGUGAAACAGAUUAGUGCUUAGUUCUAUAAGAUCUUGCAACUAGUAUUAUGAAGGUGCCUUUGUAUUUUGGAAUUGUUAAAAAUAGGUUUGGGUUUGUUUGAAUUUGUUUGUUCUGGGAACUAAUCUGAUUACCUUUACUUGUUAUGAAGAAGGAAGAAUUAUUAUAACUGUUUCAGUGGGCUAAGAUAUAAGAACUCAUUUGGAACAAAUGCAAACACAUCGACUUUUCCCAUGAUUAGACCUAGUAAUUCAUGCGCAGGUGGCAGCAAAGUUAGAGCUGCAGUUGUUUCUGGGGAUGAACAUGUUAAAUCAUCAGGAGCAUUUGAGACACUGGCAGCAGAUAUGCUUCCUACAACUGAUGAUUUAUGUAUGCACAAGGAUGAGCCUGAUUGGGAUACACCAACGGGGGAAGUCAGUUCCAUAGGUGAUGCAAUUGAAGAUAUUCGUCAAGGCAAGAAGGCGGUUGUUGUUGAUGACGAAGACGAUAGAGAAAAUGAAGGAGAUUUAAUAAUGGCAGCAGAGUUGGCAAACUUGUCAUUAUUGUGGAUGAUUCCAGUUGUAUAUGGUGUAUGUGGUGUACAAACUGGUCAUGAGUCUUUGGAUUUUCUUGACUACUGUAGAUGUGUACAUGUUUGUACACUAGUGUAAACUUAGAUUUCAAAAAAAAUAAGAAUUAUAUAGUCAGAUGGUACUCUUUUUUGUAGCUCUCGGAAAGAGCUUUCGUAAUAUAUAAAGUUUACGAAUUUUCAA